AUGAGAGUCUGUCUGCUUUUCUUGAUAAAUAACAGUUUUCUGCAAACUAAUAUAUUUUUUUGGUGUUGUAGGUUCAGUCGGCAAUGUGUUGUUGACAAAGACAAAAGGAAUCAAUGUAGAUACUGUCGAUUAAGAAAGUGCUUUAGAGCAGGAAUGAAAAAAGAAGCUGUGCAAAACGAACGUGAUAGAAUAAGCACCAGAAGAAGCACAUUUGAUGGCAGCAACAUCCCCUCCAUUAACACACUGGCACAAGCAGAAGUUCGGUCUCGCCAGAUCUCAGUCUCAAGCCCUGGUGUGAGCACUGACAUAAAUAUUAAGAAAAUUGCCAGUAUUGGUGAUGUCUGUGAAUCCAUGAAACAGCAGCUCUUAGUCUUGGUGGAAUGGGCUAAAUAUAUUCCUGCCUUUUGUGAGUUACCACUGGAUGAUCAGGUGGCACUGUUGAGAGCUCACGCAGGGGAACAUUUACUGCUUGGAGCUACAAAGAGAUCCAUGGUGUAUAAAGAUAUUUUGCUUUUGGGAAACAAUUACAUUAUUCACCGCAACAGCAGUGAAGUUGAGAUUAGCCGUGUGGCCAACCGGGUUCUAGACGAGCUGGUCCGACCAUUUCAAGAAAUUCAGAUUGAUGACAAUGAAUAUGCUUGUUUGAAGGCAAUUGUAUUUUUUGAUCCAGAUGCAAAAGGGCUAAGUGAUCCAGUAAAGAUUAAGAACAUGCGGUUCCAAGUGCAGCUGAGUUUGGAGGACUACAUCAACGACAGGCAGUACGACUCCCGGGGCAGGUUUGGGGAACUGCUUCUACUCCUGCCCACGCUGCAGAGCAUCACUUGGCAAAUGAUUGAGCAGAUACAAUUCAUUAAACUUUUUGGGAUGGUUAAAAUCGACAACUUACUUCAGGAGAUGUUACUGGGUGGUACUUCCAGUGAGGCUAACCAUCUCCAUCAUCCAAUGCACCCACAUUUAUCUCAAGAUCCAUUAACUGGACAAACUAUACUUUUGGGUCCAAUGUCAACACUGGUUCAUACAGACCAGAUCUCAACUCCAGAAACCCCACUUCCUUCCCCACCUCAAGGCUCUGGACAAGAACCGUACAAAAUAGCUGCAAAUCAAGCUUCAGUCAUUUCACACCAGCCUCUCUCCAAACAGAAGCAACUGUGAGAAUAUGUUUACUUCUGAACGGCACUGCAUAAAUGUGAAAAGUUGUUGGUCUUGAAAUAUCUCAGGAUAGCACUUUUGGCAAACUCUUAGCCAAGGCUUCUUCAUGGUGCUGUUAUAAGAUGGUAUCCUGUUUUCUUGUUUAUAUGCUCAUUUUGUUUGUUGUUGCUAUUGUUUAAAACCUUUAGAUGCAACCAAUGUAUAUCUGAGCUUCAAUACGUUUAUAUAGUAUAAACUUGUACUGUGCAUGAACCAGUUGAAUCUUAUGUACUACUUUCAUUUGUUGUCUUAUUAUUAAUUUAAAUCUGUAAAUAAUUGCUUAUGGUGAUGUGAUGCAGAGCUAAGUAUUCUUUUUUGACUGUGAACAGUAGAUCAGAAAUCCCAGAUUAAUAUUAAAUGAACCAAGUUUUUAAAUAAAUUUUAAACUUGCAAAUUCAAAAAAUAAAUCAGUCAG